AUGGACAGCAACGAAGCCUUCUACGAGCAGCUGCGGCUUCAGGAGCUGUAUGGGAACCGUGACCGGGGGGACGGGCAGGAUCCGUAUACCUUUAAGGACCCCACUGAUGGCACUGAGUAUGAAUGGGACCAUGACAAGAAAGCCUGGUUCCCGAAGAUAAGUGAUGACUUCUUGGCAAUGUAUCAAGCAAGCUACGGGUUUUCCGAAGAUAAUAAAGAUGGUUCUACUCCUGAACGUCCACACGCGUCUCCAGCUUCCAAGGAAGUGAAAAAUAAAGAGAAAGCAAAAGAAGAACCUAAACCCGAACCAGAACAAGCAGAACCAAAAGGGAAGGGAGAAAAAAGAAAAGCCGACCCAGGCUGGUUCAACGUGGAAGAUGAAAGAAACACAAAUGUAUAUGUUACAGGGCUUCCUUUGGAUAUGACAUAUGAUGAAUUUAUCGAAACCAUGUCAAAGUGUGGCAUCAUUAUGCGGGAUCCGCAGACAGAGGAAUGCAAAAUUAAACUGUACAAAGACAAGGAUGGAUGGGAACCUGAAAGGUGAUGGCUUGUGUUGCUAUCUCAAGAGAGAAUCUGUUGAUCUGGCUUUAAAAAUUCUUGAUGAUUAUGAAAUCAGAGGAUACAGACUUCAUGUGGAAAGUGCAAAGUUCCAGCUCAAAGGGGAAUAUGAUGCAUCAAAAAAGAAGAAGAAAUCUAAGGACUACAGGAAGAAAUUGUCACAGCAGCAAAAACAACUAGAUUGGAGGCCCGAAAAGAAUGCUGAUGCCAGAAAACGUCAUGAAAGAGUUAUAAUUAUUAAGAACAUGUUUCAUCCAAAAGACUUUGAGGAGGACCCUCUGGUUCUGAACGAAAUUCGAGAAGAUCUGCGAUCAGAAUGUGAAAAAGUUUGGACAAGUGAAAAAAGUCCUUAUAUUUGAUAGGCAUCCUGAUGGCGUGGCAUCGGUCUCAUUUAAAGAAGCAGACGAAGGUGAUGCCUGUAUAUUGGCAUUAAAUGGAAGAUGGUUUGGUGGUCGACAGCUCAUUGUGGAUACGUGGGAUGGUGUUACAGAUUAUCAGAUUGAAGAAACGUCUCGAGAAAGAGAAGAGAGGCUCAAGGGAUGGGAGAAAUUUCUCGAUGCUGAUAAGCAGAAAAAAUCUGAGGCUGUUAGUAAUGCCAGCACAACAUUACCCGCUAGUAAUGGACAAUUAGAAAAGAAGGACAUUGGCUCAGAGUCUACUCACAGCAAAGACAGCAGUGUCCAUCUGCCAGGAAAAGCUGAGGCUGAACAGGCUGCAGACGAUGCAGCAUCUACAGACAGCAGCAUUGGUGGCAGUGAUGAAGAAGAUGAGAAAGGAAAUCUGUAG